AUGUGGAAAAUUGUAAUCUUAUUAAUUGCCGUCUAUUGGUGCAACUCUGUUGAUUCGUUGUACGGAUUUCCUCUAUUAACGAAACCCAAGGGAAUAUGGGGCCUCCUCAAAGGGAAUUCGACCAGCCUCUGGAGGCAGAAUCAGCAUCAGGAGCCACGAGUGUACCCAGGCGGUGAAUGUGAUCGACCUUGUGGCGUUGAUGAACCAUCCAGAAUCUGCUAUUAUCAUUGGGUCUUGGAAAAUUACUCCGCCAUGGGAUCAGCAUGCUGGGACUGCCUGCGAGGCAACCGAGCUCACUGCUUCCAUCCACAAUGCGUCACAGCCAACGGCUUGGAGCGUGGCAUUGUGACAAUCAAUCGAAAGAUGCCCGGCCCGCCGAUUUUCGUCUGCAAAGGCGAUACCAUAGUAGUGGACGUCACGAACGAGAUGGAAGGUAUGGCCGAUACAAUCCACUGGCACGGUUUUCAUCAGAUGAAGUCUCCGUGGAUGGAUGGAGUCCCGAUGGUGACUCAGUGUCCGAUAGCGCCCAGCACCAGCUUCCGAUACAUGUUCAAAGCGGAAGAACCAGGAACCCAGUGGUACCAUUCCCAUUCCGGGUUCCACAUGGUCAACGGUCAUCUUGGAGUGGCCGUAGUCAGAAACCCUCACGAUGUCAACAUAGAACUGUACGAUCAUGAUCUAUCGGAGCAUGUGAUAUUGAUAUCUGACUGGAGCUUGGAUUCCGUCGAACGGUGGAUUCCGGGGCAGCAAAGUUCACAGAUGAAAGUUGACUCCAUUCUGAUCAAUGGCCGAGGGCGAUAUUCUAAUGAAAUAACAGGAGCCAAAGUGGAUUACACUCCUUUAACCGUAUUCCGAGUUCAGUCUGGUAAACGAUAUCGAUUUCGGUUGGUUAGCGGUGGCAGUCAGUAUUGCCCAUUUCAGCUACAGAUCGAAAAACAUCAAAUGACGGUUAUUUCCACGGAUGGCGGAGCAGUUAAGCCGCAUACAGUUGAUACAUUAAUUUCGAUUUCCGGUGAGAGGUACGAUUUUGUGCUUCAUGCGGAUCAACCAUCAGGAAACUACUGGGUACGGGUCAGGGGCAUCGGAUUUUGCAACCAAAUGCGUGUGGAAGGAGUCGCCAUUCUUUCCUAUGCUGAUCCUAGCAUUCCCACCGAGAAGCUCGUGUUUCCCGAAGGUGAUCUACCAAAGUAUGACAGCCCAUACCCAGUGGGUCGCACAUUGAACCAUCACAUGACUGCAUGCUACACUCCCGGAGAUGACUUCACCUGUGCAGCAGACCUUCAGUCUCACGAAGUUCACCGGGAUGAUGAGCUGAUAGACGUGGAACCAGAUGUAAAAUUGUUCCUCGGUUUCAAAGUACUCCGUGUCAACAAUAGUAUGCUAUUUACGCCCCCGUACAGGCGAUUUGCUACCGUUCGUGAUGAGUUCAACACUAUCGCAAUGGCCAACAAUAUAAGUUUUAUUUCUCCCAGCUUCCCUUUACUCAUCCAGCCGGAGCUCAUCGUUGACGAGAGCAAACAAUUUUGCAACAACUCUCACCUGCCGGACGGCUGUGACAAAUAUCACCUCUGCUUCUGCACCCAUCGAAUGAAGGCCAAACUGAACGAUAUCGUCGAAUGGACCCUGUACGACACAGCAUUCUCAGAACAAGACUUCUACCAUCCCUUCCACAUACACGGCCAUCGGUUCAUCAUCACUGACAUGGGUAAGCUGCCGGAAGAUGCUAAGGCCUCUCGGCUAAAAUUCCUUCAGGAACGGCAGUUCGCUCGGAGACCCAACAGUCACAAUCCACCCUACAAAGACACGAUAUCGAUUCCGAACGAAGGCUACGUGAAGAUACGUUUCAGGGCUAACAAUCCAGGUUUCUGGCUUGUACACUGUCACUUUGAAUGGCACCUGGGUACCGGCAUGGGAUUGGUCCUGCAGGUCGGCGAGGUGGAUCAAAUGUUGAAAGCACCAUCGGAUUUCCCUCGAUGUGGGGACUAUAAAUCGAAACUACGCGGGCUGAACUGAACUGACAAA